AGCGGCCUCGAGUGCAGAAGACUUCUGGCCCGUCAAUUCCACGCACCUCCGCUGGUCGCCUUGAGUGGAUGAACCCCCCUCCUACGUUCUCCAGGGGCCGCUACACCGUUCCUCGUCCAGUUGAACGGGGUGUGAGUGCGGAAGACUUCCCUUUCGAGGGCGCGCGUGGAGAUGGCACGCGGGUAUGGAAGGAGUCGAGGCAGGAGGUGAGGAAGAGCGUGGCCAUGGACGGGCGGCGGCCGAACGUUGCCACGUUGUCCGACACUUAUCCCAGCCACCGGCCUGCAAUCUGCACCGGUGUAAACAGAAGGGCGGCAGGUCCGUCGACGUACGAAGGACUCCCGCCUCACAUGCAGCCUCUGCCCCAUUCGAACGAGGGGGAGGCGGACGUGGACGUGUCCAACACACUUCCGCUCGGUAGCGGGUCGACCCAGGAAUGGACGGGUAGCCAGUCGUUUGAUGGGCGCGGAGCGAAGUACAGGCAGUCGUUCACUUCCCUCCUCCAUGAAGGUGCCCAGGAAGGGGAACGCCUCCCCCCUGUGGAUCUCACAUUUGGCCUGCGGAGCGGGAGCCCAUCUUCUGCCACGCGCACUGUGCUCGUGAACCCUCAUCCCGACGACGACGAGGGGCAGGUGACAUUGGUCGGCAGGGGCACGAGGGGUGGUUCAAUGCGUCAGGAGACGUCCGAGAAGACGAGGGAGCGGCCUCGAGUGCAGAAGACUUCUGGCCCGUCAAUUCCACGCACCUCCGCUGGUCGCCCUGAGUGGAUGAACCCCCCUCCUGCGUUCUCCAGGGGCCGCUACACCGUUCCUCGUCCAGUUGAACGGGGUGUGAGUGCGGAAGACUUCCCUUUCGAGGGCGAGCGUGGAGAUGGCACGCGGGUAUGGAAGGAGUCGAGGCAGGAGUUGCGGUGGCAGCAAGAAGAGUCCAUAACGCAAGGGGUGGCAGGGGCGGCAGAGGAAGGGCUUCGACGAAUGCUGGGCGGAGGCGGAAGAGGCCGUCGGCGACCUCUACUGAUGCGGAAGGGCGAAGCGGGAUCAGGACGCCCAACUGCAAGCGGCGGGGCACGCAUUCGCACGGAUGUAGUCGAGGGAUUGGACGUCCGGGAGAGGUUGUUGAAGGUCGGUGUUGACAGGCUGGCAGACAAAUGCGGGAAGAAAUGGGAUAAUCUCAUGCAACAGUUCAAAAAGAUCCACACUUUCAUGGGCAUGUCGGGGAAGGAGUACUUCUUCCAGUUGACGAGUCAGCAGAGGGCAGAGAAAGGAUUUAGCUUCAACAUGGAUCGGCCCAUCUACGAGGAGAUCAAAGGAGCGAAGGAGAGGAGCCACACUAUCAGCCCGAGCAGUGUUGCAGACACCGGUGGCGCAGGAAGUGUGCAACUCCCAUCUGCUCACUCAGCGACUCCGGAGUCUGUGGGUGACGGGGAUGUCGCUGGAGAUGGCAACGACGAAGACCACAGCUCAGCGCGUGGGGCCUCACGGACGACUGGAAGUCCGGCCAGUUUCGGGAAGAGGAAAAACGUGUGGCAGCAGACAUUCGAGGCCUUAAGCGAGUGCAUGGAGAAGCAUGGGGCGUUGAUGGCGUCGACGAUGGAGAGCGCGAGCAUUAGGCAGUGCGAGGCGAUGGAGAGCACGAGCAAGAGGAAAUGCUCCAUUCAAAUUCGGCGGUGUGAGGCUAUCGAAGCGGAGGUGGAGGUCCAGAAGCAACAUUGUGUUGCGUCCAAUGAAGUUAGCAAGUUUAUGUGUCAGGCGCUGAUGGAAAUAGCGAAGGCUAUACGAGAGCGAUAGAGGGGAACGUCAGCCACAGGGCAUUUUUCGGCUAUGGAUGUCACUUUGUUGCCACGCACGUGUCGUGUACUUAAGUC